AUGUAAUAGUUAUUUUGGAAGAAAAUUGAAAUUGACAACAGUAUGUGAAAAAUUCAAAUUUAUUAGAGAAACAUGGUCGUCCACCAAAGUUAGAAGAAUGUGUUAAUUUAGUAUAUUUGAUUGAUCAGAAUCGAUAUUUAUACUUUGGAGGCAAGAACCCAUUCAAUAUUAAAGAUUUAUAAUAGGAAGGUAUUUAAUUGAAUUAAAAGUAAUAGAGAAGUAGCCAUCUCCACCAAAAAGUGAUGGAAUAUCAUUUAAAAUAGGUGCUCCAAAGUAAACAAGAGUUAGCAGUCCAUUUAGUAAUUAAGAAUGCUAGGAUUAUGUAUAUAUUUUGGAUCCAGCCACAUAUUAAUGGAGUAUUAAGAAAUGUACAGGAAAACCACCAACUAGAAGAACAAGUGCAUAAGUAUGGUAUGAAGCCCCAUUAUUAUAUGUAUAUGGAGGCAUUACAUAUGAAAAUAAAACUGUUAAUGAUUUAUACAUAUUGAAUACAGAAAAGUUUGUUUGGAAAAGAUUCUUUUAUUUAGAAGGACCACCAGGUAGAUUACAUUUUGGAUUCUCCACAUAAGGAAUUAAAAAAUAUUUAAUGGGAGGAGCUAGUAUGCCAGAAAAUCUAUUGAUGGAUGAUGUAUGGCAAUUAUCAGUAACAAAUCUAAAUUUUUAAAUAUUAGUUUGAAAAUGUAGCAUGGGAAACUUAAUCAUUAGAAUUACCUGGAAUCACUUGGGAAAGACUUCCAUUUGAUGAUAUGCCAGCAAUUAAAGCACAUACUAUGAUAUAAGUUUCAGAUAAAGAAUUAUUAGUAUAUGGAGGAUUUAAUAAACUAAAACAAUGCUAAGAUCGAUGUUUAUUAUUGGAUAUAGAAACUUAUGAUAUUAGUUAAUUAGAAUUAAAGGGAUAAUCACCAGGAUAAAGAGCAUUUCAUGUACAUAAAUAUGUUAUAUUUUUAGGAACUAUUAGUAGUAAAGGAGAAUUUGUUAUGUUUAUAUGGUGGAUAUAAUGUAAAUGAAAAUUAAUUAAAAAAUUGUGAACCUUUGAAUGAUUUAUAUUUAUUGAAUUUGAAUGAAGGAUAUUGGUCAAAACCUGUAGCAGGUGGUUAUAUACCAACUCCAAGAUUUGGUUAUGUAAUGUCAUGUAAUUAAAAUGAAAUACAUGGUGAGAUUUUAUUAUUAGGAGGACGUUUAAAUGAUGGAAGUGUUGAUUAAUGCAUCUAUGUUUUACAUGAAUUAGAUAUGGAAGCAAGAGAGGCUUGGGAUGAAAAAGAUGAGAAAGAAAAGAAUAAAUAUGAUACUUAUAGAGAAUUAAAGAAAGAGAAUAAGAAUGUGACAGUUCCAACUAUGACAUUAGUAUUUGAUGAAGCAGAAAAGAUUAUAUUAGAAUAAAAGAGAACAAUAGGAGAAAAAGAAAAGGAUUUAAAAUAAUUAUAGACCAAUUCUAUGUAACUUGAAUAGAAAGCAGAAAAAUUGUAAGAAUAAAUAGAUGUAGGAAAAUUGAAGAUGGAUUAAGAUCUUGAGAAUACAAGAAUUGAGAUAACAGAAUUAAAUUAGAAAGCAGAUUAAAGUCAAACUACUAUUGAUAAGAUAUUAUAAUUAUUAGCUUUUGAAAGAAAAAAGAGAAAACUUGUAUAUAGAAAAACUUUGGCUCUUGAAGAUCUUUAUAGAAAAACAUCAUUAUAUAUAUUUGAGAUGGACAAGGUUUUUGUAAAAGGAUAGAGUGAAAAUCUAUUAGAGACUUCAAUAAACGAAGAUAUACUUAAUGUUAUUGAUUAGAGAAAACAAGAAUAUAAAAAUAUUCUUAUAUCAUUUCAUAAAUCAUUUGAAGAAAGGUAUAAAUAAGAAAUGCAAGUGAGACAACAAAUUAGAAGCAAUAAAGAUAUCUUAAAAUAGUUCCACAAUAUUAAUGAGGUUUACAAGAAGACUUUGGUUAAAGAAGAUCGAGAAUAUUUAGAUAAAAAAAUAUGAUGUGU